AGCUUUCUUCUUCCUCUGGUCGUUUUGUACAGAUCGGAAGAAAACUGAAAGUUUCUUCUUCUUCUUCUUCAUCGUCAUCAUCAUCAUCUUCUUUCUCUCUCUCUCUCUCUCUCUCUCUCUCUCUAUAUAUAUAUAUAUAUAUAUAUUCGUAUGUGUGAUCAAAAGAAUAUAUGUAAAAACCAGAAAGAUGCCGAUUGAAAUGCCGAAAGGGAUUCCAUUUUCGGUGGAUACUUGGACGCCGAUUUCAAAGAAAAAGAGGCACCAUUUCCUCACUCACGCCCACAAAGACCACUCUCAAGGCAUCUCCACCCACUGCUCUUACCCUAUUUACUCUACCCGCCUCACCAAGACCCUUACCCUUCUUCAGUGCCCUCGGCUAGAUGAAUCUUUGUUUGUGGAUACUGAGGUGGGACAAACGUUGGUGAUCGAUGACCCGGACGGUGAUUUCUCCGUUACUGCCUUCGAUGCCAACCACUGCCCUGGAGCUGUAAUGUUCUUGUUUGAAGGCAAUUUUGGCAACAUCCUGCACACUGGAGAUUGCAGACUCACCCCAGAGUGUCUGCAAUGUUUGCCAGAUAAAUACAUAGGGAAGAAAGGGAAAGAACCAAAGUGCUCGCUAGAUCUUAUUUUCUUAGACUGCACGUUUGCAAAGUUUUCUCUAAAAAUGCCCAGCAAGUAUUCUGCCGUUUGCCAGGUUAUUAAUUGUAUAUGGAAGCAUCCUGAUGCUGCAGUGGUUUAUCUGACCUGUGAUCUUCUCGGUCAGGAAGAAAUACUUGUGGAAGUGUCCAGAACAUUUGGCUCCAAGAUAUUUGUUGACAAAGAAAAGAAUCCUGAAUGUUUUGGUACUUUGACACGAACAGCUCCCCAAAUACUCUCUGAAGAUCCAUCAUCUCGCUUUCAUUUGCUUGAAGGAUUUCCCAGACUGUAUGAAAGAGCAAAAGUAAAGCUUGCAGAGGCACAAGCUAAUUUCCAGCCUGAGCCUCUUAUAGUUCGUCCAUCUGCACAAUGGUAUGUGUGUGAUGAUGAGUUUUUAGAGACUGAGAAGCAGAAGCAAAGAAAAGGAAGAUCCAGCAAAGCAGUGAAAGAUCAGUACGGUAUUUGGCACAUCUGUUACUCGAUGCACUCAUCCAGAGAAGAGUUGGAGUGGGCUCUUCAACUUCUUGCACCCAAAUGGGUUGCAUCGACAAUUCCCAGUUGCAGGGCCAUGGAGCUAGAUUAUGUUAAGAAGCGUUGCUUCAGCACACAACUUGCAUCUGAUGAUCCACUCUGGAGGCUUCUAGGCAUAAAGCAUGAAGCUGCUUCGAUUGAUGGUGGAUUACCUAAAGCUGUCAGUUGUUCUUCUGAGGAGGAAGUUUCCAUCGAAGCUUCUGCAGAAUGUUUGUUGCAGCCGGUGAAAAUGUCCUCCACCCCCAAAAAACUCCUGACACUGUCUCCUGGUAAAAAACUGCCUGUGACAUUAUUUGGACGGGCAAGACUUGGACUUGCAGAUCGUGAUUUUCCACAUGAAGAGUGCAAACUUGCACCCCCUGCAGUUGAGCCUCCAUAUGAUGUUUCUGCUAAAGUAGAACAACAUUUCUCAUUCAAGAACACACUCAACUCAGAACAUCAGAAGUCAACGGAGAACAAGGCAUCUAUAACAGAAGUACAUUGUUUUGAGGGAUCACCGAAACAGAAAAAGGUUGGAGUAAAAUGUGCCGAAUCAUUAGCAAACAUUGUGGAUGUUACUGAAGUGCCAUCGGGGAAGUCAGCGGACAGAAAGACAGAUAUAACUGAAGUACAAGGUGAAAUGUCAGCUUAUAAAGAUACAAAAAUUCAUGUAAGCUCGUAUUCCCCUGUUGGAUCAUCAAAAAGCUUUAAUGAAGGCUUUAGAAAGCUGUACCGGUCUAUGAAUGUGCCUGUGCCAGAGCCUCUUCCUUCCUUGGUGGAGCUUAUGAAGGCCAACAGACGUGCAAAAAGGCUUCGGUUUUAGAUUUACCUCUUCCUCCGACCUCGGGAGCAUCAAAUCUUCGAAACGAGCUGGUUUCUGUCACAAAGAACCACAAAUAUUCAGAUUGUUACUGCAUAUUAAUUUGUAUAGUGGACACUGGACAGUGCCUGCCAUCUCCUCGCUUAAACUUAAAAGAGGAAGAAAUCAGAUAUUCAGCAAGUACGUGUAUAGCCAGCCCUUUGCUCCACAUUCAUUGGUUUGCGAGUGAAAGUUGUCUAGUGGCAUACACUGAAGAUAACCUCAGUUACAAUACACACCAACAUUCAUGAUUAAUCUGUUUAGCCAUUGUGGCAUAUGGUUAAGCUUAACAAUUGUCAUUGUGUUAAUGGGAAUUUCAUCUUUGUUAUUGCCUA